AUGGAUGAUAAUGAAGUUGAUCAACAUAAAGAUACUUGGAAAUUUAUAAAGAAACAUCUGAAUGAUAUGAAAGAGGGUGAGGACAUUACAUUUGACCAGUUGCUUGUAAAUCUUAAACUGACAGAACAAAACUAUUUGCUAGCUGUUCAAUCUAGUCUCAAGACACCAACUAUAUUCUUAAAAAGGAAACCGAACGAACUAAGGAUCAAUAAUUAUAAUGCUGCAUGUCUCAGUGCAUGGCGUGCAAAUAUGGAUAUUCAGUUUGUACUAGAUGUAUAUGCAUGUGCAAUAUACAUUGUAUCAUAUAUAUCCAAGGCUCAAAAAGGCAUGAGUGAGCUAUUGAGAACAGCUUAUGAAGAAGCAAAAAGGGGAAACUCCAGUAUUAAACAACAAGUGAGAGAUAUUGGAAAUAGGUUUUUGAACAAUGUUGAAAUAAGUGCACAAGAAGCAGUCUAUAUAGUACUUCAACUUCCAAUGAGGAAAUCUUCUCGUCAAGUAGUAUUUAUAAAUACUUCACCCCCUGAGGAUAGAGUUCAGUUACUAAAACCAUUGCAAGAAAUUAAUGAUUUGGAAGAUGAUUCUAGAUCUGAUGAAAUUUAUGCAUCUGGUUUAAUAAAGCGUUACACAAAACGACCAGCCAGACUUGAAAAUGUGUCUCUUGCAGAUUGGGCUGCAUGGUACGACUCCACUGGUAAGCCAUAUAUCAAACCAUCUCGUGAAUUAGAUAUUGAUAAUUAUCCACUUGAGACAAACUUGAGUGAUAAUGACGAAAAUAAUGAGGAAGAAGAAAGCGAACAAAAGAAUAAAAAAGAUCUAAAGCCAGAAUUAUUCGACUUGUCUGUUUUAACAAGGAAGUUGAUUCUGAAAGGCAUUACCGUGAACUAAUCAUGUUAUUCACUUCAUGGAGGGAUGAAAUAACUGAUUUAUUGGGAAAUUGUGUUUCUUACCAAGAACACUAUUUACAAUGUAAAAAUACAAUAGACGAGCAAAUGAAAUGUUAUGCUAUGUGCAGUGAAGACCGGAAUGCGAUUCAAGACCAGCUUAAUAAUGUGGAAGAUAUGAUGAAAACUAUGACCUGAUUGCCCCAGGAACACAAAACAUUGAGCGUCAAGAUGAAGGUGCACAAGACCUUCAUCCAGAAUUCAAUGAAACCUAUGACCUAUCUGGUGAUUUUGGAAUUCCUUCAGCUGCAUCUAAUACUGAGCAGCUGAUAUUGCACGAAGAACAGGAUGAUGCUUACAGAGGAAUGGUACAAAAAUUAAACAGAGAACAAAAAUAAUUUUUCUUCCAUGUUUUAUAUCUUAUUAAAACUUCUGACAAUCCAUUCUACUGUUUUCUUAGUGGAGGGGCUGGAGUUGGCAAGUCACAUCUCACUAAGUGUCUUUAUCAAGCAGCAUUAAAAUAUUAUAAUACUAGAGCAGGUAAUGAUUUCCAUCAAGUGAAAAUAUUAAUGCUUGCACCAAGUGGUAAAGCAGCUUACAAUAUCAAAGGUAACACAAUACAUAGUGCACUUUCAAUACCUGCAUGUCAAUCUUUAAAGAAUUACAAACAUCUGGAUUCAAGCAGGUUAAACACCUUACGGUGUCAACUUGGUGGUUUAAAACUAAUAUUUUGGGAUGAGAUCUCAAUGGUUGGUAGUACAAUGUUCAAAUAAAUAAUAGACUGAAAGAUAUUAAAGGAAGUAAAGAAGAUUUUGGUGGUGUAAGCAUAGUUGUUAUCGGUGAUUUAUUUCAGCUGGAACCUGUAAUGGACAGGUAUAUAUUUAAGAAUCUGGACAAUUCAGAAUAUUAUGCAGUUCUUGCUCCUAAUAAAUGGCAUGAUCACUUCAAUAUGUUUGAAUUGGAAGAAAUUAUGCGCCAAAGGGAGAGUAAAGUGUUUGCGGAAAUAUUAAACAGACUUAGGGAAGGAAAACAUACUAAGGAUGAUAUUUUGAAACUAAAAGAAAGAUUAAUAAAAGAAAAUAGCAUCCAAGAUCCCAUGGAUGUGCCUCACUUGUUCAUACAAAAUCAGAAGGUAAAUGAAUUCAAUGAAAGAGUGCAUAAUGCAGCAACUGGUGAAAAGUUUUCAAUCAAAGCAAUAGACAGAGGCUGCUCCAUUUACUGUUCGGAGUACUCCGGAUUUUCGGAACACUAAUUAAAUCGAACCAACAAUGAUCACAUGACUGUUCUGACGGUCACAUGUCUGUUCUGGCUGCCCCUACUUUUGAGUAGGGGCAGUCAAAACAGUCAUGUGACCGUUUUCGGUUCGAUUCAAUUAGUGUUCCGAAAAUCCGGAGUACUCCGAACAGUAAAUGGAGCAGCCUCACAGUGUUGUAGGAGCUAACUCUGCUCAACUUCGAGAUAAAAUUUUGAGUCAAAUACCAGAUGAUCCUAGGAAAACUAGGCAAAUUGCUUCAAACCUUCAAUUGUCAGUGGGGGAAUCACGUACUGAUGAUGGCAUGACUAAUGGUGCUGGUAAUGUUGUUAAAAAGAUACAAUUGAAUCAAAUAGAUAAACCUUCCGGUAUAAUAUGGGUCCAAUUUGACCAUUCAGAUGUUGGAGAGAAGACCAGACAUGAAAAUAGACAUCUUUAUGUCCAAGGUAUUAAGUCCACAUGGACUCCAAUAAAGCCAAUCACAACUCAGUUUGCUGUGGGUAGAAACCAAACUGCGCAAGUUGUUCGAAAACAGUUUCCACUUGGACCCGCUGCGGCUAAAACAAUUCACCGUUCACAAGGUGACACUGAACAAAAAAUUGUUGUAAAUUUCAACACUAGAAGAACAAUACCACAUAUACAUUAUGUUGGUUUGAGCAGGGUAACAGCAAUUGAAGGUUUAUUUAUCACUGACCUAUGUGAAGAUAAAAUAGCUGUGAAUCCUCAUGUAGCAUCUGGAAUGGAACAUUUGAGAAAUUAA